UUUUCCUGCUGUGAUUUGAUUGGUAAUAAAUUCCCUCCCUGUGCCCAGGCUGGGUCUGUUGUGCCCCUGCCGGUGCUCGGGGCGGGAUCUCUCCCGGUCCUUCUCAGCCAAUCAGAGAAGGCACUCAAAUAAUUGAGCCAAUCAGCGUGCAGUGCACUGAUGACUCCCCAGUUGCCAGGCAGUCCCACAGCCCCCAGAGCUCCCCAGCUGGACUCCAACCCACCCGGCCCUCACCCCCAGCGCCGCCCGCCAGGGGAAUUUGGGGAGGGGGGAGGUGUCAGAACCUGUCCGGCGCUGGCCAUGGGGCGUGUGGCGGCAGCUGGGGCCCUACUGGUGGCUCUGGUGGUACUGGGAGCCUCCUCGGCUGCGGGCGCGGAGCUCUCGGGCGUGUUCCUGGAGAUGGUUAAGUCCGAGUGUCAUUUCAUUAACGGCACCGACCGCGUGAGGUUCGUGAAGAGGUUUAUCUACAACCGGGAGCAGCUCCUGCAUUUCGACAGCGAUGUGGGGCUGUUUGUGGGGGACACCUCCUUUGGGGAGAAGGUUGCCAGGUACUGGAACAGUGACCCGGAAUGGAUGGAGUACAGACGGGAUGCGGUGGACAGGCACUGCCGGCACAACUACGAGUUGUCCACCCGGUUCCUCGUGGAGCGCAGAGUGCCCCCCAGCGUGUCCAUCUCCCUGGUGCCCUCGAGCUCCCUCCCUGGCACCAGCCACCUGCUCUGCUCAGUGAUGGAUUUCUACCCUGCCAAGAUCCAGGUGAGGUGGUUCCAGGACCAGCAGGAGCUCUUGGGACACGUGAUGGCCACUGAUGUGGUCCCCAAUGGGGACUGGACCUACCAGCUCCUGGUUCUGCUGGAAACUGCCCCCCAGCGCGGGGUCAGCUACAGCUGCCAGGUGGAGCACGUCAGCCUGGAGGAGCCCCUAAGCCGGCACUGGGAGAUGCUGCCAAACACCACCUGCAACAAGAUGAUGACAGGGAUUGGGGGCUUUGUGUUGGGCUUCGUGUUCCUGAUGCUGGGGCUCAGCUUCUACCUGCACAAGAAGGUGAGGGGGGGGUGGGGUCCCAGGGGUCAUGCCCGCCCUCCCCCUGUGGGCCCCAACCUGGUGUCAUCUUCUUUUCUCUGCCCACAGAGCUCCUGAGCUGCUGGCAGCCACAGCCCCUCUUUGUGGCCUCGGGCCCUGCUCCAUCC